CAUUCACAAUCUUUUUAUAUUUUUAACAUUACAAAGGAUAAAAUGUUUACUUAUUCAUUUUUAUAUUACUGUGCUCUGCGUAUUUAGCUUAUUUGUCUCCACCUUUGCAAUAUUAUCGGACCGUCAUCGGUUUUGUUAUUAAAAUAUUGUUAUGUUUGUAUUUAAAUACAUUUUUAGGUCAAACAUAAGAGAAAGCGAAAUUUUCAUAAAGUAACCAGAAGUGUACAUCAAUUCUAUUGCCAACAAUUUACUUUUGUUUUUCGAAAAAUGUCUGCAACAUACUAUGAUUAUUAUGAUGGCAGUAAAAUGUUUUUAUUUGUAUCGAAUAGAGUUGGUCUUCCCAUAGAUCUUGUAAAUUUUUUGAUAGCACAAAUAGCUGCACUAUGCCUGGCCAGGCUGUUUCGGAAACCAUUGAAGCUUGCUUCAGCUGAGUUUCGUCAUUCUGUGUGCCUUGUUAUAGGUUUGAUAAUGGGAUAUUUCUGCUUUGGAAAGCAAGCGAUACAUUUAUCAGUGCUACCAAUGUUAAGUUACACACUGCUCAAGACUGUACCACAACAUCUCAUGGGAAAUAUUAUAUUAUCUGCCUCUAUGUUAUACUUGUCAUGUUUACAUUUACACCGGCAAAUAUACCAUACAGCAGAUUACACGCUGGAUAUUACAGGCCCUCUAAUGGUGAUAACGCAACGAGUAACGUCAUUAGCAUACUCAUUACAAGAUAGUUUAGCUAAGAAAGAAAUAAAUUGUAAUUCAACGAGUUGUUCAACUGAAAAAUCUAUGGUCGAGAAAAUGCCUUCGCCUCUUGAAUAUUUUGCCUACACUUUGGCUUUCCAGACAUUGAUGUGUGGCCCCGUCGUUUUCUAUUCUGACUACAUUAAUUUUAUCGAAGGCACCCGUGUUGAUGGGGUUGGCAAGGAUAAAUCUGUUUUGGAACCUUCCCCUCGUCUAGCUGUAAUAUAUAAGGUGGGAGGUUCUGUGGCUGCUGCAUUGCUUUACCUGACGCUGGCAAAGAAGUAUCCGCUGGCAAUAUUAGAAGAGUUAACUGACCCAGCUUCUGAAGUAUCACGGUCAUGGUCCGCAGUGUACUUACUAUGGUACGCGUACUUGUCGACUUUAGUAGUUCGCUGCAAAUACUACCACGCUUGGCUGCUCUCUGAGGCCAUCUGCAACAACUCUGGCAUGGGCUUCAACGGAUACGAUAACGACGGCAAACCCAAAUGGGACAAGAUGUCCAAUAUUGAUGUGUUUGGAUUUGAGUUGGCGCAAAAUUUUCGCACUGCGGUAGCGAGUUGGAACAAGAACACGAAUGCGUGGCUACGCGGCGUGGCAUACUCACGUGGUGGCGCCGCUUUUCGCACGGCAAGAGUUUACAUGCUGUCUGCUGUGUGGCACGGGUUUUAUCCCGGGUACUAUAUGACGUUCUUUGCAGGAGGAAUAUUCACCGUCACCGCUAGAAAUGUGCGGACAGUAGUCCGUCCUGUGUUCUUGGAAAGUCGUACUAAGAAGCUCUUCUACGAUCUACUCUCUUUCAUAACGACACGAGUUGCAAUGACGUAUGCGACCGUGCCAUUUGUUCUACUGCACCUUGGACCGAGCCUCGCUUUUUACGGAAAACUAUAUUACUCAUUACAUUUCAUUGCAAUAGGUGCAAUGCUACUGCCAGCGUCAAAGAGACGUUCUGCUGCUUCCGCACAAUCAAAUCAUGAGCUUCCUCAAUUAUCUUCCAAAUCUAAUAAGGAUAAUUUUUCUAUACAUGAGAUCAAUGGAGAUAGCAAUGGUAAUCUGAAAAUAUCUUAAUUACGUAUUACGUUAUAUUACUUUUAGGAAAACAGUACAUUUGUCAAACAUGUCGGAGGUUUUAUGUGAGUGUUUCACAUUGUUACUUACUUUCAACAUGACCAACUCAAAAUCCUUAUGCAUGAUUCAAAUCAAAAGUGGUUAAUUGGCACACAUGGCAACGCGGAAAUAACCUUUAUUUCUAUGUUAGAAGUUUCUAACUUUGAAACUCCGGUUCGAUUGCGUAUUCUUCGUGGAAGAUAACAGAUACAUAUUACGCUAUAUCAUAUAAUCUACGUAUGCGUUUCACUCUGAUGAACGCCUGUUUGGCUAUCAUAACUAUUGGAUUUUCCUAAUUUCAUUUUUUAUUUAGUAACUAACAUAGAUUUGAUGACUUUAAUAUUGUGCUGGAAAAUAUAUAUAAUAUGAACAGUUACUUGCCUAUUCAGAAUCUAUAUUAGAAAACGUUUACCAAAUGGUUAAAUGAAAAAUGAUUAUUAAUAUUUUUUUUACUAGGAAUAUGAAUCUUUGAUUUUCUUUUCUACUAUUAAUUUUAAGAGCAGGUAACACAAAAAUACUGUAUUUUAUUGUGUAAAAAGUGAACGAUGCAUUCCAUAUGGAAAUUAGAGAAACGUAAAAAAAAUGUAUCUCUUGCAAUAAAUAAUAAAAUCGAUUACUUUGUAACUCUGUUAAUACCAGUACAUUCCAGUUUCAUUCAUUUUGACAUUAAUGUCUGUUUAUCGGCGCAUUAUUAAUUGACCAGUAUUAUAUUAAUAUUUAUUAAUUUGCAAUAGGUUUUUUUAGUUACCAAGUGGUCAGUCUGAUUUUAAUAACAAUUUAAAACAGGUGUUUAUACCCAGUAAAAGCUUUUACUAAAUUAAAUAAUGGUUUGAAGACAAACAGAAUAUCGUUGAUUUUUAUAACUAUGCACUGGAUAAAUAUGUUAUAUCUACUGUACGGUAUCGAAUACGCCGCACUCGCCC